AUUUAUUGCCCUCAAUUUACGUCCCUGCUACCGUGUAGAAUUGAAAAAAAAACCGCAAAAGUUGCUUGAAAGUAUCUUGAAAAAAUAUGUGGAUUCUUGCUAAGGACUUCUAUUCAACUCAAGGAUUAAUAAAAUGCACUAGAGACAGUGUUUCUCGUUGGAAACAAUGCUUCCAUGGUAACACAUAUUUCACAGCACCCGAUGUUAACUUUUCCUUUCUUUAUUAUCUUAACACAAACUCAUUCAAAACUAUACCCAAAAUGCUGGUAUUGUGCCUUGUGUUUGACGGUGGACACCAGGCGAUAAAUGGCGGUGAAAUUAUGUCCGCUUUUAUUGUAAACACCCGAUUAAUAUAAGUGUAAAAAUGCGAAAUUUUAAUAUAACCCUAAUAUUUCAGUUGCUCCAUCAAUGAUAUGCGAUUUGUUGCAGGUAAAUUGAUAAAUAGAAACCAUAAAUUUACCUGUCCUAUUUUUAUGAAUGCAUUAUGUCAUUUAUUACCGGUAUUGCCAAACAACGGAUUUAUUGUGAGGCUAAAGCUAAUUUGGCACCUUAGCUGACAACGGGGAAUACUCAAAUUCAUCGUAUGGAUAAACUUGGUCAUUACUGCAAUCAAAGCUACGAUCACUUGAUAUCCACUUACUUCACUGGAGCAGUUGCCGCGAGUUCAUUUACCAGAAGCAGUUACAAUUGAAUACGGCUGCAAGAUUUCAAACAAUGCGUAUUCACAUUUGGUAAGGAGUGGAUAACCUCCGCUGCAUUAAGCACGUUGACGAUACAAGAUGCAAAUACAUAUAGAAGAGACAUAAAUGCAGCAUUUUACGAGUUGAGACUCGCGUUUGAUGAUGGGAAGGAAAACGCGCAGCCGAUCGCGAACGCAAAGCUCUUCCACAUAUGUCAUAUUGUUCUGUUUUCACAAGAAAUCAAACGUAUUUGAAGGUUUAUAAUUGGAGUAAUCAAACAGCACAGUUUCACAGUAAAACUUCCUUUUGGAUUUGACUUGGCCUCUACUGCUUCAUUGCACAUUUGAAGGUCAUGAAGGAGGAUACAUUGCACCUUUUAGUUUUGAUAAUUCUGCUUAUCCUGUACAUGGUUAUCGGCGCCGGGAUCUUCAGCGCCCUGGAACAGGAGCACGAAGAAAAAAUGAAAAAGCAUUACAACAAUAUCUUUUUAUUGUUUUCAAGAGAAAAUAAUUUAACUGAUUCAGCCGUAUCUCGUCUUUUAGAGUCUCACAAAGAGGCUUGUCUCCUUGGCGUUGGGCUAGAUAGCGUAAAUAAAUGGGACUUUGCGGGAGCGUUUUAUUUCACUGGUACUGUGAUUACCACAAUCGGGUUCGGAUUGACAGCACCAUCUACCUUUGAAGGGCAACUCUUCUUCAUAUUCUACGCGCUUAUUGGCAUACCUUUGAACAUACUGUUCCUUAACACGGCGUUACAAAAGAUAGUUUCUAUGCUUUCUGACCUCAUUAGGUCUGGUUACAACUGCAUGCCUAAAAAUAAAUUCUUUACGCCGCCAGGACCUAAAGAGUUGCCUCUUGGUGAGAUGCUCGUCGCCUCAUUUGUGAUUUACGCCCUAGUGACGUUGUUACUGGCAACAGCAUUUACUUUGAUAGAAGACUGGACGUUUUUCCAAGCAAUCUACUUCUUAAUAGUUGCAUGUUCAACAGUGGGAUUCGGAGACUAUGUUCCGAGUAAAACACGGACCAGUGUGGGGCACAAUGUUCACGAUGGAUAUCGCCUUGCUAAUUGGUUCUUGAUUGCCAUUGGGCUUCUGUUAAUCUACGUAGUUCUGAAUCUGCUAGCUAAUUUCUUUAAAAAUGUUCUUUCGCGAUGCAUCGAUCUUUGUGGAAUGAAAAUUUGCCCUUGUUUAAAAACACAAGUGGAACCUUUUGAUUCAAGUACUCAAAAGAACCGCCAGUCAGCCAUUGGUGGUAACAGACGGGCUGUGAGUCGAAUAAGCUUCGCAAACGAUUUGGAUGCCAACGGACCAGAUCUAGGAUCAUUUGCAGCUAUACAAGUUGCAUUAGAUAAGUUGAAAAUGGAAGCCAGUUCAGAUGACCAUGGAAGCAACACAGAGCUUAAAGCACUUACUAACAUUGAAAAGAUUCUGCAGGCGGAGUACUUCCGAAUUAGGUCCCGAAGGAAAAGCAACAGCGUAAAAUCGCGCUGGAAAAGAGCUGCAAGACUGGUGAGAGAGUUGUCUCCUAAAGAAGAAGCCUCGUCUUCAAAUCAAUCAACAAAUAACAAUAGGAACGAGGCAUCGCUGAAACUAGAGGAUGCGAAUUCGUACGCUGACCUGCCUGGGUCAAUGGGUAACUGAAGGGCAGCUAAGACACAAGAUAUGCCUGCAGGUUGUGUCGAGAGUGCCUUGAGAACUCUACCUGAAUUCUAUGAACAAUUCGGGAGGGAGUCAAAGAAAAAGGAUCUUUAAAGGUCCCUUUUAAAGACGCAUCGCUCACGAGAAGUUUCUAAAGUAAACCUGAAUGGGUAUAGACUCCCUUUGAGAUUCUACGAUUUACUGAUGAUGGUCAUGGAUCUUAGAGCCUUUGCUCCAAUUGGUUAAUUGUAACAGCAAAGACCAUUUUCAUUAAGUUUGAAGAUGAGAAAAGAAACUACAAAGCAGUUAUACAAUAUUGGUGCAUCUCUAACCUAUUUAUUGUGUAUAUUUCCGAGUCGACCAUUACAUCCCUCCACCUAAAGAAGGAUUGUUUGUCAUUUGCUUUGAGAUGUCUCAGCAUUGCUGUGUUUACCAAUGAACCAAAAUAUUAUUUUAGUACACGAUGGAAGUCUAAUCUGCAGUAGUUGAAUUUCUUAAUAUGUAGUGAGUUAUAUAAUGACUUGUGAAUAGGUACAACAUUUCUUUCUAACCUCGGUGUAUUGGUAUUGGAAUGUUUCUAGAAUAUUACUGACGGAUGGAAAAUAAUAUAGCUAUAGUUUCGAGAGAAAUCAAGUAUCGUUUAAAAUUUUACGAAAUCAUUCUAAAAAAGGAAAUUUAGAAAACUUUGAAACCUAAAGGAAUACGGAUGAAAAAAUCGAAUCAAUACUUUUGAUUUUCAUGCGAAAAAAUUCCAUACAGUAUUAAUCUCAAACUGUGAAGUUUGUAUACACGCUCUGAAAGGAAGGAAGUUGAUAUUCUGAUAAUGAUCACAGGUUAACUUUUUAGGUUAUAAGAUUAAUUUAAUAAAAAUGGUGCAAAACUAAUAAUUUCGUCAACAAGCUUAUCAUUUUCAAAUUGCAACAGGAAGGUUAAAUUUGAUUUCAUGGAAAUUAAAAAAAUUGGAAGCGCGAAAUUGUUUGUUUGCAUAAAUGUAAUGUUUAACAGGGCUGAAUUUAUUGUACACAUAAACAAUUGAAUAUUAUGUUUAUAUUUGUGCUGAUAGCCUACACUAAUUAUUGGCGAUCAAACUUACACAACAUACUUUGAAAUGUAAUAUAAUUUAGUAAAUCCUUUCACCCUUAAUUUAAAGGAACUAUGAACCUUGACUAAUUGAACUUUGCCUGACCUUCGAUCUGUAGUAACACAUUUAUUCUAUCUAAUGAUUGGGGUAUUUACCAUUUGUGAGAGAGAAGUUAUUGGAAAUGGACCAUCAAUUAAGAUGCAUCGUAUAAAGCAAUGAUGGGCACCUUAAAUAAGAAACUUAAAUGCUAGUUUUGAGAAUCAAUGCUUUUUCCAAAGUUCAGAUUUGACAAAAUAUUCAACAAAAAGGUCAUCGUUUGACUCAAUAACCAUUUCGUGGCAUAUGGAGUCUUCUGCAAGUCGGAGAAGGUACGUUGAUUUACAAAACCUUUUCGUCUAAAAAGAGGUUUUGGGG